AUGCCUCCUCGUAAAGCAUCUGACCCCGACGCCCCAGCGAUUGAACCGCGUCGCUCAGGAAGAAUAGCUUCUCUACCUUCUGCAGCUGCGACUGAAACCAAACCAACAGCUCCCAAGGCGAAGAAACGGACUGUGGAGGAAACAGCUGAGGCGAAGGAGGGCGAAGGUGCUGAAUCGCGUUUCUGCGUUGUGAAGAAGGCAAAGGCUAGCGCUGAGGGUGAGGCGGAGAGCAGCACGCCCGCAUUACCAACUAUCAAUGUUGGCGACAGCCUGCCCAGCUUGGUCCUGAAGAGCGAGAAGGGCGAGGACAUCCAGAUUGCUGAUCUCGCUGCUGAGAAAGGGGUCAUCCUUUUCCUCGUUCCGAAGGCUGAUACUCCUGGAUGCACGAACCAGGCUUGCGGGUUCCGUGACAGCUAUCCGGACUUUACGUCCUUGAACUACACCGUUUACUGCUUGAGUGCGGACUCGCCCACCGCACAGAGCAAAUGGCAAACGAAGGCGAGUAAGGAACUCCCUUACCCGCUCAUUUCUGACCCGAAGAGGAUCCUUAUUACCGCGCUGGGUGCAGGCGAAGGAGGGAAGACGAAGAGGAGCCAUUUCAUCUUCGAGAAAGGAGGCAAGCUUGUUGAGAAGAAGCUCCCAGUCACCCCUGCCGACAGCCCGAAGCUUGCUCUCGAGUUUGUCAAGAGCCAUCAAUGA